AUGCGUCUACGUCCUGGCCCGAGGCUAGGAGUCAUCGUCAUCCAUAUCCCUCAUUACCAAUCGCGUCUCAUGAGCCUUAGUCGCGCCCCGUCCCUCCUCCAGCGAGCGGCCUUUUCGCGACCCCCGUUUCCCUUGCUGCAGGGGAUGAGGGGGCUGUCCACCCUCCCCCGGUUGCCAAUCUUCGAGGCCAUAGCCGGACACGACCCCAAGGCCGUUGCCGUUGCCCACUCAUCGUCUGGACGGAGCUUCACCUACGGUCAUCUGCUCGCCGACGUCAGCCGCGCUCGGGACCGUCUGCGCGAGGCGAGGCACGGCGCGGACAUGCUCGGCGAGCGCGUGGUGUUUCUUGUCGAGAACAGUUACGACUAUGUCGUCACGCUCUUGGCUUGCCUUGCCGCGCAUGCAAUAGCCGUGCCUCUCUCACCCGCCUUUCCCGCCCCCGAGCUGCAGUACAUCAUCAACCACAGCGGGCCGUCGUUGCUCGUCUCCUCGCCAAGGUUCACGCCCCAGGCGGAGCAAGUUCUUGCCACCGAGCUCACCUGCAAACCCGCCCACCUGCGACUGGCCAAGCAUGGCUGCGGAGGAGAGAAGGAGGACGUCUCCCUCGAGGGCCCGGAGCGGUCUGGUGCCGGGUUGAUGCUGUACACCUCGGGCACGACGAACCGGCCUAAAGGAGUCCUCCUCCCCGACGCCGUUCUCACGGCACAGUCUCGGUCCCUCAUCGAGGCCUGGCGGUACUCCCCCUCGGACCGGCUCCUCCACGUGCUCCCCCUGCAUCACAUCCACGGCACCGUCAACGCCCUUCUCACCCCGCUCUUCGCCGGCUCGAGCGUCGAGUUCAUGUUUCCCUUCAACGCCGACGCCGUCUGGAAGCGCCUCGCCGCGCCAUUUCUUGCCUCCGCCGGCCCUGAACCGGACAGGACCAAGGUCACCUUCCUCACCGUCGUCCCCACCGUCUACAGCCGUCUCCUCGCCACCCACAAGACGCUGUCCCCGGAGCUGCAAGCCGCCAGCCGGCAGGCCAUCGCCCCCCAAAGCAUGCGCCUCAACAUCUCCGGCUCCGCGGCACUACCCACGCCCGUCAAGGCUGCCUGGUCCAGUCUCAGCGGCGGGAACGUGCUCCUCGAGCGCUACGGGAUGACAGAGGUCGGCAUGGCCCUUAGCUGCGGCCUCGACUUUGCCGACCGCGUCGACGCCUCCGUCGGCUGGCCUCUGCCCUCCGUGCAGGCACGUCUCGUGGACGUCGACACAGGACAUGUCAUCCGCGAGGGAGAGCGUCUCGACGACGCCGGCCGAGAGCGCUCGGGCGAGAUCCAGCUUCGCGGCCCAACCAUCUUCCCCGGGUACUGGCGCAACCCCGAAGCGACGGCCAAGGAAUUCGUCCCCGACCCGGACGGCGGCGGCUCGUGGUUCAAGACAGGCGAUGUCGCCGUCCGUCGACCCGUCGCCACGGCCGGUCACUCCUCCCAGCCGUGGGCCAAGGGAUCCCUGUAUUUUAUCCAGGGUCGGCUCGCCGCCGAUAUCAUCAAGACGGGCGGCGAAAAGGUAUCGGCCCUAGAGGUUGAGCGUGAGCUGCUGUCGCUGCCCGAGGUCGCCGAGGCGGCCGUCGUGGCCGUGCCCAGCGGCAACUGGGGCCAGAAGGUCGGCGCCGUCGUCAUCCUCGACAGAAACGUCGUCGAGCGAUGGAGUCCCCUCGAGAUGCGCCGCGCCCUCAAGAGCCGCCUUGCCAACUACAAGAUUCCCCAGGUGCUCCGGGUCGUCGACCACAUCCCUCGCAACGCCAUGGGCAAGAUCAACAAGAAGCAGCUCGUCAAGGCCAUGUUUGCAGACGACACGAGCGGCGACGACGGUUGA